AUGACUAGCGAAAGGAAAAAUACAAUCAAUUGCAGGCGGCUGCACAGAGCCAACAUGAUCUUUGCCACCAUAAGCAACGACAACAAUUACAUAUGCAUCAUCACGUAUUACGAAAAUGAUUAUAAUUUAGAACUGUUCAGCUCGAACAGCCAAAUGCAGAAAAUAUUUCGAAAGACCAUUCCAGACAGCAUUAACAAAGUUUAUAUAAAUCAUUGCAACAAGUACAUUUGCGUGACGAGUCAAAAUGGAAGCAUAUACAUCCUCGACAUGAGGGGGAACCUGGUGUACAAAAAUGAGCAGAUGCAUUGCUUGUACUGGAGAAAGAGAGGUGCCCAGAGCGGGGUUGUCCCCUCAAAAGAUGGUGAGACGAGAAGGGGAAUAGAAGCAGACAAUGACGAUGUGUUCCGUUAUGCUAUCAAAGGAGUCUUGAUGUUACAUAAUGUCCGAUACGCAUUAUGUUACUCCAAAAGAAAACGCAAAAAAGAGACGAGCUUGACUUGCGCCGAUAACGAACAUCAAGUGAAAGGCAACACCCCGAGUGAAAACACCACAAAGAGAUUUAAAUGUGACAAAAUGGCAAAGAAAGAAAAUUCAGUUGCACCCCUUCUUAACAAUAAUGUGAAAAAAACGAAUAGCGGAAAAUUAACGGGUCCAAAAAAUCACCUAACCUGGUCAAGAAAAAAUGGAGACAUAAAAAGUAGAAAGAAAUCGCCCAGCAGCAGCUUUAUUAUGAGAAGGGAAAAAAACAAAAGGGGUCCUGUCCUCAGUGGGAACGUACUAAAGAGCGGCACAGCAGCAAGGAGGUACAAAUCUGUGGAAAAUGAAAAAGAGAGGAAAAAAGAACCCAACGGGAGGGUUUCCACCAGGCAAGCCCGUCAUUGCAACAUGAAUAAACCCUCCAAAGAGAUAACCCGAUGUGGAAUAAAUAGGCCCAAAAAGCAGAGAGAGAAAAGCGGCACACACACAAACAGUGAUGACCAGACAAAUGCUAACCAAACAAAUGAUAACCAGGAAACUGGUAACGAAACGAAUGAUAACCAGGCAACUGGUAACGAAACGAAUGAUAACCAGACAACUGGUGACGAGAUGGAAAAACAAUAUUCCAAUGUGAGUAUUAAAUCCAAUUCGCCCAUCUUAGGAAAUUACAAUUUUUGCUUAAAAAAAGAGGUGUGUGAUUACUCCUUCUCCAUCCCCUCGACGAAGCAGACUGCGAAAUAUGGAGAAGUGAACGAAUUAAAUUCCAACGCGCAGUACGAAAAAAUGCCCCUCGAAAUUGUGGACAUAUUCUGGAUUAACGUAGAAAAAGAUCACAGAAAUAAAUAUUCAGAAAAUAAUGGCUAUUAUUACCUUUUCAGUUACUUUGAUAAUGUGCAUAUUAUUCAUAGCCUAGAUGUAGGGUUUAACAUUAUAUGCUCCAUGAAUUUAAAGAUUAUAUUUUACAAGUGCAACAUUUUAAACCAUUUUUAUAAAAAUAUUAAUUCGUACUUUCAGCUGAAAAAUCAGAUUGUUCAGGCAUUUAAAAAGGAAUUUAUAAAAAAAUGUAAAGCGAAAAAUAAGUACUCAUGUGUGCAUUGUGUCAAGUCGGAAAAACAUAAUUGCCAUCGAACCAAAAUGAAAAACUUGAACACGUCAAUGAACAGGGUUAACAGUCUCCGUGUUGGUCUCAAUGCACACACUUGGGGUGCGACUGAGUCUUUUUCUUUUCCUCACCAUUUAGACGUAAGAGAGAGUAUCAUUAAGAGGAUCUUCAAUGACCUCGUUAUUGACAUCAAGCAAUCGUACAUUUCGAAUGAGCAGCACUACGUUUUAGUCAACUACUACGUACAUGUGAAGCGGAAAUACUUGCGCUUCUCCAGCCUGGAGCCCCGCCGAUGGAAGCGGCUCAGCGAAGUGGCCAGCCUGACAUCCAUCGUACCGCCCAGCGAAACGACCAGCCAGACGUCCACCAUUUCGACCAUCGAAGCGGGCAGUCUCUCCAAAAGGGACAGCGAACCCCGAAGAAGACACAACAGAUUAAACCUAAAAAAAAUCAUCAUGAACAGAGAAAAGGCAAACCAACUUACACUGCCAUCGCACAAGUACAAAAUAUGUCUGCUCGGGAUGCAAAAAUUUGGCGACGUGGAGAAAGAAUUAAAAUCCGUGGAAAAAAUAGUCCUUUACCUCCUACACUCUUCCAACAUUCUGCAGAGCAUCUUUCACAUAUACCAACAAAUGUCAGCCAUGUACUCAAAAUUUCAUGAGUACAAGAAAAUGCACAAAAUUUAUCGAAGCAUUGUCGAAUUAAAUGGCCACUUUAAGAAGUUCUACUACAAGGAUCGGACCAUGGUUUAUUUCUCCAAAUAUAUUAAAAAUCGUAGGGAGAAUUUUGACGAAAAUUUGUACAGCUUAUUUUUUAAGGAAAACGAAAAAAGAGAGUUCUCUCGCUACUACGAUGUGAUAAAAAAGAUGAUAAGCGACAACACGAUCUGCUGCUCAUGCUCGAAGGAGAAGUUUCUUAGUGGAGAGAUGGUCGUUGGGGAGCAGGGGAAGAUGCUCCAUCAGGAGAAGAAUCUCCAUCGGGGGGAAGACACUCAUCUACUCGGAGGCGGGACAAAUGGAGCGAUCCCAUGGCCAAACAGUGGGGGGGAGGCGUCUAUGGGAAAUCAGAUCGAUGCAUCAAGUGUGGAAUUCUCAGAGGACUGUCUGAAGGCCCAUUUUAGAGGCACACGGCGCGACGCCAAGAAGGAAGACCCGUUUGAAGAGAACAUAAAGAGGGGGGUCCUGAACAGCUACGAAGGGGGCCCCACGAUUGGGUGCGUCACCGCUCCGAUACCAUAUGGUGGCACCGCAACUCGAUGUGCUAGCGACAUGAAUGGGCGCUUGAGCAGCUCAAGUGGGACGCUUCACCUCACGAGGCAUCCAAGCAAGGUAAUGAAAAAACAAUCCAGAGAUGGCGCCAAUGGGGCGAAGAACACAACCAGUUGUCUGCAAAAAAUGGACACAAAAAAGGGGACCACUGCAAGAGGUCAGAUAAGUAGAAUGAAGGGCAGCCGUGGCGCAGAUACUGUCGAGCCUAGGGGGAAGGGGAAAAGCCUAAGUCAUAGAAGCCAGUGUGGUACGCCCCUUUGCCGAAGUAGCAGCGCGAAAUGUUAUUACAACCGUGUUGAUGGGAAGAAUCAAAACGACUGUAGUCAUGGAACAAUCGCCUCCGUUCAAAGGGGAGCGGCAAAGAACAGGGGAAGAAAUGGCUUCCUUAGGAAAGGUAGCGGAAUUGCGCAUAAGCAAGGGGUAGCGGGAAGACUCGAGAAGAUCGUCUCUGCAGGGGGAAAACGCAGUUGUGGCGGCGCAGGGAGAGGCUCUAGUGCGCGGCUCGCUAGAAGCGCACAACGAGUGGCAUGCACACAUCGGCCCACAAAAGGGACAGCAGUUGAAAGUCCGCAAAGAGUUGGCAUGGCCAACCGGGGGAAGGAAGAAGCGGAGGACUCAGCAAACGACACAGCGGAAGAGAACAACGGUGAUGAUGACGAUGACAGUGACGACCUGCCCCUGUCGGAAGGCGAACUAGAGGAGCAAUUCCGCAGGAGCCGAAAAUUCAUCGUUCCCCCCGGACAGAACAUAUGCUCCAGCUGCGAACUCCUGGUGCAGAAAAAGACAGUGCACAAUUUUGAAAAGUUGGAACUGAACUAUGUGAUCCCCAAAAAAAAAAAAAAAAUAAGUGACGAAGAGAUUUACACCUCCCUGAUCAAAGAUAUAUACCUCAUGUAUAGCGAACAAAAAUGCCCACUCAAUCUGCUGCUACUUCUACAAGAGUUUAGCGAAAAGGAACUACAAAAGUGUAUGGCGAACUUCCAAGUGGUUCUAAACUACUACGAAAAGAUUUUCCUCAAAAAUAUAAACGAGCAUUUAACAAAUUUGCACCGAAUAAUAUGCAUCUGUAAAUCCUUAAGUGACAAGAUACACGUUAUGCUGAAGACGUACCGCCUCGAUCGAAUUAAAAAGUUACAAGAAAUUGUCUUUUUUUGUGUCAACAAGUUUCAGAAGUACUACAAUUUGAAAACACAUUUGAAUAUUUUCCUUCUCCUAAUCGAGUUAUUAGUGUUCAUUUCCAAAAAUAUUUAUUUCGAAAAAUUUCCUCACUAUAAGGAAGCCUUUUCGAACUACCGAAAUGUCGAUGUGGAAAUUUUAAAAAAUUACAACUCCGUCAAAGGGAAGAAAAAAAUCCACUUCAAUUAUUUCGAUCGAUAUUUACAUAGCAGUCAGGUGAAGAAGCACAACUUCUUUUUAGCUCUUUCUACCAUUCAACACAACUUGGAUCAAAUUUUUCAGUCCUUCUCCAACAGAAGGGAAGACAACAAAUUCAUUUCGAUUUACAACAUUUCCAUCCUCCAUAUUUCAAGUAACCAUCAAUUUCAUUAUUUUACUCUCCCAGGGAAUAUCAUAAAAUAUAACCUUCCUCGUAAUUCCUCCUACUUUGACGAUAGCUACGAUGGCCCAGUGCGCUCCAAGGUUUACCCCUUUUACGUCUGCACUUGCGACCGGUUUUCCUUCCUCGGCAUUGACAAAUAUUACCAGUGCGCCCUGCGCUUCAAGUUGAUCCAGAGGCGUGCCCUCGGCAUAAGUCUGCGCCCCCUCACCGUCCUCAGUGUCGUGGUCAUGUCCAAGAACUUCUUCUACAUCUUCACCAAGCACGACAAGAAGCUGAACAUCAUCUCGCUCAAAGUGAAGUACGGGCAUUCCAAGCGGAACCCCCUCAAGCGCAGACGGAAGGCGGACUGCCCCAACGAUUUAAGCGUUGUCAAGUGCUCCAACCUGGAAUCCUACUACCCCAGCGCCAACAAUUUCAACCUCAGGCUCCAAACACUAUGCAACUCCAUUAUUGCGAACUGGGAACCGCACAUGUGCCUGAUACUUCAAGGACUAUAA